UUCUGACAUUCGACAUUGAAUGGCAGCUGAGAAACUUCAAAUGAAAGUAAAUAUUAUGGAUGAAGAUAAAUCACGCCUGUAAUUAUUUCUAAAUUUGUAUAUUUUCCUUGUGUUAUGAGAACUAAUUAACUCAUCUAUUUUUACAAAGACAUCAGUAGCCAGGUGAUGCCUAGUCUGCUGGAUAAGAUGGACUCAUCUCAUAAUCCACUAGACAUGACAUCUACUCCAGCUCAGGACAAACUGUCUUCCUAUAAUUACUCCUCAAACACUCCUACUCUCUGCCUUGCUGUAGAGAUUUGCGUUGUAUGUGGCGAUAGAGCCUCUGGGAGGCACUACGGAGCAAUUAGCUGUGAAGGGUGUAAAGGAUUCUUUAAGCGAUCAAUCCGUAAGCAGUUAGGAUAUCAAUGUAGAGGUACUAAAAACUGUGAAGUUACGAAGCACCAUCGGAACCGAUGUCAGUAUUGUCGUCUGCAGAAAUGCCUGACGAUGGGAAUGCGCAGUGACUCUGUCCAACAUGAAAGGAAGCCUAUUUCAGAGAAGAAAGAAGUGAAUAAUUUUAUGCCUGGAGAUAAUAAUUUUGCAAAUUAUUCCAAUAACCCAAUGAAGAUCUUCAUCAGAAAAGACUUGUGCCUAGAGUCACAGCAGUAUGGCUUUCAAUCAGCAGCUCUCAGUCUGGGCUACAUGAGCCCUUUACAAUAUGGCCUUAACACUGAGGGAGAGAGACAAACAUCACCAAGUCUAAACAAUACAUGGGACGACGACGACGCCUCAUCUGACAGUUACUCUCCUGACGGUGAAGUGGCAGACACAUUGUGCCUUGCUCAGGACAAAACUGUAAUCCAUAGUGCCUUGGACACUGUUGCUAAGGUGGUCAGUGGAGAGAACUUAAAUGGAAACGAAAAAGGCGACAAAGAGUUAGAAGGGUUUGUUAAAUUAGAGGGACGUCUGCUUCCUGAACACCAUGUUCCAUUCAUUCUGCAAACUCCAAGUCCGAUGCCGGCAUACUUAAAUGUCCACUACAUCUGUGAAAGUGCUUCCAGGCUGUUAUUCCUGUCAGUUCAUUGGGUUCGCAAUAUCCCUGCUUUCCAGUUAUUCAGAGUUGAGACUCAAGUAGCUCUAGUCAGAGCCUGUUGGACGGAGCUGUUUGUCCUCGGAAUGGCACAAUGCUCUCAGAUUCUCUCCCUGCCUUCUAUUCUUUCUUCAAUCAUCAACCAUCUGCACAACUCAGUUGCUCAAGAAAAGAUAUCUGCUCAUCGAGUCAAACUGGUGACAGAUCAUAUUUGCAUGUUGCAAGACUACGUCAACGGAAUGUCAUGUCUCCAUGUUGACGAACAUGAAUACGGUUACCUCAAACUGCUCAUACUGUUUAGUCCAGAUAUACCGGCUCUGGUGUCACGCAAACACGUUGAUAAAUUCCAAGAAAGAGCCUUUCAAGAGUUGAGAAGUUAUGUGCAGAGACACUAUAGUGAUGAUGAGGACCGCUUUCCCCGCCUCUUGUUGCGGCUUCCCCCGCUCAGAGCUCUGCAGCCUCAUGUAAUGGAGGAACUGUUCUUUGCAGGGCUAACAGGGGGUGUAACUAUAGACACCAUCAUCCCCUAUAUUCUCCGAAUGGACUCAUCAGACUUCUCUCAGAGGGUCAUAUCAGAGUUUUCAUAAUAGUAGCACUUUUCCUGAAUCAAUAGUAUUGAUUUAAAUUAAUCAAAAUGUAAAUGUACAUUAGUAUUUUGUUUGAACCUAUCAGGUUUAUAAAGUAUAUAAAUAUAAUUUGGUAUAUUUAUUUUGAUAGUAAAUAUUUGUUUUGUUAUAGUGAUUUUUGAUUGUUUAAGUAAAAAUUUAUUUUAAUGUUGUUAUUAGGUGUAAAUAUUUAUUAGAGGCUGUGUAAAACAGUCAAGGCCAAGUCUUACUCAAUUCUGCUCCUUUUCACAUUUUUCUUCAUUUAUUUCCCUUUUUAAUUUGCAUUUACAUGACUUACAACCGUCAUUUACACAGAGUUGAGUGUGACUUGGCCUUGGGCUCUUGUGUGUGCACUUGGAGCAAAGCAUAACCAAUUUACUGUUGGUUUUUUCCUUAUCUAGGAAUAAAGUUUGUAAUGCCUGUAAAUACUAAAAAAGUUUUGUGGGUUUGGGGGUUUUUAAAUAAUUAGACAAUAACCUAUGUAGACAGUACGUUUUUAGCUAUGAUUCAAUCAUAUAUAUAAAAUACUUUUAAAAAUAUAAUAUUUUAACAAGAAUAGGCCUAUAAUUACAUUUUAGCACUCAAGUAUUUUUGUUUCUUUGUCUUACAGUAUUAAAGCUCCAAUGAACUCAAAAACUUCCUUUAUCCUUAAAGUUGUCUUAAUAUGAGAACGUAUAACUUAUUAAUUUCUAAAACUUUGUUGUGUACAAAAUGUACUCUUCAUGUACACAUGUGUUUUGUUCAUUAUUUAAAUAACUUUAAGGUAAUUUUACUAUAAUUAAUAAUUUGAGAUUCUCUGAUCGUCUUAUGAUGCAGUUUUGUAAUGCUGAAACGUGUCACAUACAGGGUGUCACAAAGAUGCGUAGCAUACAGAGUUAAAAUGGAAAUCUAUUUGUUUAAUAAUCUCGCCAAUGGUCACUCGGAUUACAAAUAUGUUUUAGUAUCCAGUCCAUACGCGCUGCACUAAUCACAGCGAAAGUUGGUUGCUUGAAUGCUUUAUUCCACCCGGCGGCUAUCUUCUUCAGCAGACCACAAACUUUUGAACUUGUUUAUAUGAGGCUAUUUUGGUCCGGUUCCCACACGAAAAUGAGUUUAACGCUUAAAUUGUUUGUUUAUAUUACUCAAACCAAAUUUCCUUGCGUCUUUGAGGCGGAUUACCAGCUUAAUGCGGGUGAUCUGUGGGUUUACCUAGAAAAAAAAAACAUCACCGAAGCUCUAAGGUGGGUUAGCCCUAACUCAAGAUUGGACGUUGUCAGAGAGAUGUAACUAAAGAGUUAUGUAAAAGAUUUAUAUUAUGCAUUUACUGACUAGCUAACUCGCAUUCUACACUUAUUUACCAUCAAACUCAAUAGUGUAAUACGCCUACCACAAACUGUUAUGGUUACAACCUGAAAUCUGGGUUAGAGAUUGUAGGCCACGCCAAUAAAGUCUGGUCCUAUCAGACCCCUCGAAGUAACCUUACAACCUUCCAAUAACCUUACAAUUUAAAGAAAUUGCAAAACAGUUACGGAAUAGUGAGCUUUUAAAUUUAUAUUGUCUAAUGGCCAACAACUCAUUUUAAAAUAUUUAACCAACUGAAAAAUCUUUCUGCUGAUACCAAUCAAUCAUCAUGCAGUUCAUAUUUAAAAUUAUGUGUUAGUUUCUUACUUACUAUGUAAAAUCUCACUAACUCGACACUCGACAGCUGACAGUAAUUUUUUCAGAUAAUUUAGUUUUAAUUGUUGAAUAUUCAACGUUUCUUUGAGGAUUGUUCACUCAAUAUGUAAAAUACUCAUGCAAGUAAUAAAUGUAUAUGUCAAAUUAUUCUGUUAUGUAUUCACUUAUCAAAACCCAUUAAAAAUUUCAAUGUUCUUGGGAUAACUCGACAACCUCUGGGUCUACAAAUUGUUGAGUUAGUGAGGUUAUAUCAAUGGUUAAAAGGAAUUGCAUCACUAUCUUGGGAUAUAGGCAACAGAAGAAAAAAAUACAUUUCGUUUGAAUACCAAAUUUUGUUUUAAACUGGUAAGAAAUAUUUGAUACAAUUAUGAUGGAUUAAACUAACGAAACUUGUUAACUUUAAUAUUAGUUUAUGAAGUACUCAUGCGUAAAAUUAUCCAAAUCCAAACCUCUCAAUAUCCGAUCCGAUUUAAAACAAGCAUUAACUAUCGGAAUUGAAAUUUCACUAUCCUCACACCUUUAGUUACAAGACGUAUUUGAGACGCAUUUUCACCUUUGGUAGAAAUCCUCCAAAAUCCUGCCAAAUUUAAGUUGGAUGUUUUUAACUUAGUUGAUGACAUUUUAUGUUCAAGUGUUAGCAAAAGUCACUCAGAUCAAUCGUUUAAAAUGUUUACAAAUUUUAAUUUUGUUUUGAAAAGUCAUAAACCGCAGUUGAUGAGACUAUGGAUAAUUUUUUAAAGAAAUAUUUUAAAAAGUCUUUAAAGCUCCAAUGUACUGCUUGAAACCAAACCCAAGCUAAAGUGAGUUAUUACCUACCUCUCGUGUAAAGCAUCAAAUCACAUGUUUGUGGAUUAUUACGUUACUAGUCCGGAAAAAAAGUGUUUACCGGACAAGUGUGGUCGUUCCUGUGCAAGACGAAGUCGAGUACGGGAUUACUAUACGAGUCCGGUAAACGCAUUUUGGACGAGUAACGUAGGAUAGUUUACGCCAUACUACUGAAUCUGUUCAAUUCCUUUUAUAUAACUACCAAAUAAGGGACUAACAAUCACUAGUCACCUCUAAGAGAACCUAAGAGAACCUAGAAACCUCUAAGAGAGGUUAUGAUUUUGUUUAUAACCAUUCAUUGCCAAAUACAUUAUAAUCAGCUGGUUGGUGUCCGGUAACACUCAUUACAGUACAGUAGUACGUAAUGAAGCCCCAUUUGAUUAAGCUGAAGGCAAACAGCUGUUUUCUGUACUAAAUCCUUGCGUGGGAAGUUCGUCAAAACAGUGUAGUGUGGCGUAAAAUAAAUUAACAUUAACUAGGCUUUACUCUGUUUCAUUACACUUACAAUACAUUGCAGUAGGCUAUGAUUAGUUGCUAUUGUGUUGUGUUUUGUAUAAGCAGAUCUCUCAUUAGUGGUUUAAUAUAAAGAAAUGGUAACUCUUCAAAACUGGACUCAGUGGCCAUUUAUUAUUGGUAUGUAUUUAAAUAAUUCAUCCUUACCAAAGAAUCAGUUAUAGUCAAAAUCAAAUACAAGGCUUCUUUAUUCCACAAUAUAGUGGGACAUAGUGAUGGUCAAAACCAGAAAUUUUGAAUCUCUAAACCAAAACCGAAACGCGAAACCUUUUUACUUGGCUGAUUACAAAGGUUAAGGUUACAGAAAAAAUACAGGUAAUAAUAAAGUUUUAAGUAUGAAAUCAAAAAUGAAAGGGGACUCCUGACACUGACAUACAAAUUGUUACUGAUAAACCCACACCAACAUAAUUUUUUCUUAAAUUAAAAUAAAUUAAACUUUUGACACCAACAUAAACAUGAGUAUUAGACUAAUUAGAACAUUUAGUGGCUAAUAUAUCGUUAUGAAACUGAGUUGUUCCAGUUAUAGUAUUUAAGAUGCCUUUCUAAGUUCAGAAUGCAAUUUACUGCGUUUGCUCUAUUGCUACCGGUACCAGCUAGUGUGGAAACAGUGUUAAAUAAUUUAUAAAUAAAAUUUUUUUUUAAACAAAACGUUUUUAAACGCACUAAAAAGUAGAAUAUAAUUUAUAAAUAUGUGGAGAGUAUAAAUACUUGUAAGAUUUAAAACGAAAAACGUAGUGUGCAUGCAAUAGAAAAUUUACAAUUACCUUCACCUAUUGAACUAAUGUAUUAUUAUCAAUUGCAUACACCUCACGUUUUUUCGUUUUUAAUCUUACAAGUAUUUAUACUCUCCAGAUAUUUAUAAAUUAUAUUUUACUUUUUAGUGUGUUUAGAAACGUUUUGUUUUAAAAAAGUUUUUUAUUUAUAAAUUAUUUUCACCUUUUUAGUUUUUAAUGUGUGUGGAUGUUAAAUCUAUUUCAAGCAUCUAUAUCAGAUUAAGACAGAUGCAUGUGGGAAAUCUAAGGUUUAUUUGAGUUUCUUUUCAUAUAAUUAUGUAUCAGAUUGGAUGUAUGGCCUACCUACUAACUAUAAAUAUAUCAAUCUAUUUAAUUUAUUGUUUACAUUAUAGAAUACUAAAUACAAUUGACAUUAUUAACAAACACCUUUAUAUCUGCAAUCAGAUUGUUUUUCUUUAUUUUGAAAUGUUUGUAUAAAGAAUCUCUUGGAAGCAUAACCUGUACCUCUUAACCUCUGCUCUUCGAACUGUCAAAUUUAAGUAUUUACAGCUUAAUUAAAUUAAUUGAUAUAUUUACAUUCUUUCAAAAUGUAAACAUGGAAAAUUUGGAACCCCAUUGGGCAUAGCCCAAGGGAAAUAUGAAAAUUAAAUGAUAUGAUAUUUCAUUGUCUUCCAUUUGUGAGCGAUGUUUCAAGUCUCUAUAGCUCCUCGGGAAGUUAGUAUAAAAUUGAUUGCAAAAUUUGUACCGGACAAGAAAGCGAGCAAAUAAAAACGUUUUAAAAUAAUAAUAAUGAUGCAAAAAAUGCCAGUAGAUUCAAGAAUAAAAUUGCCAAUAUCUUCAAUUUUGAAACUUUUGAAUCUCGAAACCGAAACUUUUCCUAAGUUUUGAUGGUUUUGAGAUUUGAGAUUCGGUUUUGACACAUCACUAGUGGGACAUAUUCACAACUGACUGUUCACACAUUGAUGACACAGUCAUUCAGUCCACGACUAACUAUUUUAGUCUGAAGUAAGAAAAAUAAGGAUAUAUUUCUUAAUGCAUUGUUUUAAAGUCAGAUAGUAAAUAUAAUUUGUUUGUAUUUUAUUUGUUUUUUUCAUGUAGGAUACAAUCCACAGAUAAAAAACACUAUUGAGUAAGCACUUAAUAAUUGUUAGUAAAAAAAAACAUCACAUGUUUAUAAUAUUAAUUACUUUGUUAUUUUUAUGAUGAUCAAACACCAAAUAGUGUGAAUCAAAGAUGUUAUUGUGCACCAUAUAUUUGUAAAUAGUUUUUUUUUUAGUUAUGAUUGUAAACAACUGUAUCACUUCUUCAAGACACCAGUACACUUUGUAAAUACUGUCACGCAGCAUGAUCUAUUUUUAACGAGAAAGUUUACUGUAAGGUAGAUUUCUGACUACCAAAAGUAAAGUUUGUAUGUCUUUAAUGUUGUAGGUUUCCGUUAUGCCUUAUUAUAUAGGGAUUGUAUUUUAUAGUUUAAAUAUUUGAAAGAAUAUAGUGAAUUUGUACAUAUUA